UAGGGCUUCAUUCUAGGCGAAGGGUUCUUGAGCAUCGUCAAUCUGAUUUUACAGAGUUCCCAGGUGCCUCACUUAUAAGCACUUGCUGUACUGAAGUAGGUAUAUAUAAAUGGUAUUACGCAUGUCUAGUGUUGUGGUUUGGGAUAGGUAGAACAAUAUCUACGAUACCUCCUAGUAUAAGCUUCGUCGUGGUAUCACGCAAGCCCCAUAUUUGGCCCCUCUCAAGCCCCUCACACAACCAAACUUACAGUGGGAGAAUCGCACCACUAUGGUGGGGUAAAACCCGAGGCAACAAUUGCCCUUUUAAUCCAUUCCUACCUAUAUAUAUAUACUUACCUAGGUAUAUACAAAUGCAUAUAUCUCUGGACUCGGAGAUAUACAGGUAGGCUGCGUGUGCCAUUGACUCUGCUCGACUGCCUUGAUAUUGUCAACCAAAUCUUGUCAAACCAGGAACAAGCCAUCUCGAAGAUGCUGAUCAAAGAAAGCUUUGUCGAUGUUGUGACGAAGGCGGAUGGGAAAGAUGGAUCCAUGAGGAUAUUUGUCUUCCACCCGACCGUCCCUCAAUAUCCAGAGGCACGCUUCCCAGGUGUCGUGUUGUUCAGCGAAAUCUAUCAAGUAACCGGCCCCGUUGAGCGGUUCGCUCGUCAGAUAGCUGGGCAAGGGUACAUCGUUGCGGCGCCCUCGUCAUAUCAUGAUUUCGUCGGGCCUGAGGCGUUGGCAUACGACGUACCGGGAACAGACCUGGGGAAUGCGCUGAAAAUAAAAAAGACCCUCCACUCAUAUGAUGAGGACUCCUCCAAGGUGGUUGAUUACUUGCUCAGCCUGCCAACUUGCUCUGGGCGGAUAGGCAGCACAGGCAUGUGUUUAGGUGGCCAUCUCACCUUGCGCGCUACUCUUGACCCCCGAAUCAGUGCCUGCGUCGCGUACUUUGCUACUGAUGUGCACUCCCGCACAUUGGGCCCUUAUGAAGCGGCCAACAUGUCAGCCGAAGCACCGCCAGAUAGUCACCAUACAAUCGACAGACUCAAAGAGAUCAAGGGAGAGGUUGCGAUGAUAUGGGGUAUCAAAGACACACAUGUCCCGGACGCUGGACGUGAUCUUAUCCGGCUUAAGUUGCGAGAGGCUGGCACCGUGUUCAGCUUCUACGAGUUCGCAUGGUCGCAACACGCUUUCAUCCGUGACGAGCUCAGCAAAGGCCGCUACGAUCCGGCCAUCACCAAAAUUUGCUUUGAGGUGCUACUGGAAUUGUUUGGAAGAGUCUUGAAAACAGACUUGGGACCGCGUGACACGAACCCUGAAAAGAUUGAGCACGUCUGCUAAACUAGAUGUAGCCAGUAGCUUGGACUGUUUUCUCGUGUGUUCCGGAAUACCUAGUUGAGAGUAAAAACACAUACAACGAGACACGGGGGAAAACUUGAUU